AAGGAAUCCACAGUAAAGAGACGAGAGAGUUCAUUCUUGCGAAAUAUUUUUUUGUAGUUUGCGUAGGGAUCUCGUUGAAAAUGGCUCAAGGACAUGAAGGACAACGGGUUGUUUUGAUUGCGCUCGAUGGUAGUGAAACAGCUGAUAAUGCUUUUAAUUGGUACUUGAAAGAAAUGAGGCAGCCAAAUGACUAUGUUUAUGGUAUUAUUGUCCCUGAGUUCUCUUUCAGUGGUGUAUCAGUAAUUAGCAUGGUUGGACCCUUGGCUGAUGUCAAUGCAUUAAGUGCCGAAUUUCAGAACCAGUAUCAGGUUGUGGAACAAUUGUGUGCUAAUUAUACAGCUAAGCUGAGAAGUGCUGGGGUGAAAGGCCAAGUUGACUCAAUGUCAGGUGACAAGCCAGGUCCAACUAUUUGUGAACAAGCCGGCAAGCUGAAGGCAUCUUGUAUUGUGAUGGGAACAAGAGGCCAUAGCGGAUUGAAGAAGCUCAUUCUGGGUUCUGUGAGCAACUAUGUCCUCCAUCAUGCGGGCGUUCCAUGCUCAGUCAUUCCACUGAAACAGAAAGCGGAAGAAGAGAGUCAAGGUCAAAAGAAAUAGUAACAUGGAGGAAGAUACUAGCAAUGCACAUGCAACAACUGUAGAAAUUUAGAAUUAAUCAUUUCAUUUAGAUUUGUGUGUUUUUCAAGUUCCGUACUGUUCUUUGUACUGAAGAUUCGUUAUAAAUCACACUUAUUAUAUUACCAGGUUUGAUAAUCUGUUAUUUUAUUUGAACUGUUAAGAAUUUGCAUCUUACAGUAUCAAUGUUUUUAGAGAUGUGCUUGCCAAUAAUUUGAUUUUCUUCUUUAAUUUUCUUUGUGAAUUUGGUUGCUAUCAACAAAAAUAAGGUUAAAGCAAUAAUAUCCUAUCUAUAUAUUUGUUGUUGUUUUUUAUGACAAUAGUUUAUUGCAACUUUCAAAUAAUAGUUUUGUUUAAGGCAGUUAAUUUUAGUCGUCUCUCUUUGGAAAAAAAAUGAAUGAUUGAGGGAGCUGUUAUUACUGAGUAAAAUUGAAAUUCAAUGCCAUAGAUAAUAAGACUAUUUUGUAUUUUGUAAUUGUUUUGCAUAUAGUCACCUGCAUUAUUUCAUUAUUCUUUCAAGGAAUCUCUGUAGUUUAUUCAGAUAGACAAGAUUAGUUUAGCUUUUGUAUAGUUUCUAGGUAACAUUUCAUAUUUUCAUCUUUUCUUAUCACGCUUUCUUGGGUCCACAGAAUAACCUCAGUGAUUUUUAAAAAUGCUCAUGUUUAUUAUUGUAUAGUGCAAUUAAAAAAGUUACAUCAGAAAAGCUGAAAAAAAUCUCCCAUAGUCUGAAUCUCGGAUUAGUCAUAGUAUGUUAAUUGGGCUAAAGUAAUUGAAUUAUUCUCACUGUUGUAACCAUUUUUUAUUCUGUUUUGUACUUUUUUUUAUGAUUUAAUAGGAUUUAGUAUCUUGCACAUUAUAAUGGUGUGUAGAAUUUUAAUGUUUAAAGUGUUCGGAUAGAUGUUACAUUAUGUUACCGAAUUGUGCGGACAUAUUGCAGGUCUAUACCGAUACAUCACAGGUCUAUACCGAUACAUCACAGGUCUAUACCGAUUAUUGGGGGAAGUGUCCACAUCUCUCUCUAUAUUCACAGUUUUAAACAGUAUCUAUAUUAAAGUUGUUGGUAUAAGGUCAAAACAAUGUCACUGCUCUGUCUUUAUGAGAAUGAGUUGUUGUUUGAAACUAUCAGAUCCAUUAUAUCUGGCUGCCAUUUUUUAAACAAAAUCAUUAUGACCCAUUAAAUAUAAAAACAGAGCAAAAUCAUUGUUCUCAAAUUAUGGGCCAGGUUGAAUAUGACAUUUGUUAUCCCAUUUCGUUCUUGAACAUGCCGCUGUUCAGUAGAUAGAAUAACAGUUACACAAUCCAACUACCUGCUUCUCAUUUCAGCCCACAUAGUCUUUUAGAAAGAAUUCAAAUGAAUAGUUUCACCACCAGAAUGUGAAAAUCUUUUCAUGACUACAUAGAUUGCUAGUCCCGAAAACUUCAGUGUAAAAUUUCACCAUAUUUAUAUCUUGAAGUGAUGCCCCUAUUCUUUCCAUAUAGUUACAUACAUAUCUAUAUAUAUAUUGUUUUUUUCGCAUAUGCUUUAUAUUUUCCUUAAUGUUAAAUACCAUUAAAUUUUGCAGCAUUUAAAGUUUUAUUGUAUAUAGGCUGUAUUAGCGUAAUAAAAUAUAUCUUUGAAGUAAGUGAAACUAGAAAAUUAUGAAAUAUCAGACAUUUACUCCCAUUAAUCUUUACAAUACUACCAGUGAUAGUUGGAAUAUUGAUGGUUUCUGAAGGUGUACAGGGUGAUGAGUUGUCUUUUUUUUUCAUUUACUUGGAAUAUUAUGUACACACGCUGAAAAAAUCCCAUUUUUCAAAUUCAGUCUAUGGAAAACUGGCCUUGUUUUCUUUUUCUCCAUGUUGAGGUGUUAGUUUCAUUGUUUAUUAUCUUUAUUUUAUGCAAUAUUAAUGUUACAUGUUCAUUUUAUCAGAUUUUAUAGGCAGUUGUUAAGGAUAAGGCCUAAAGUUUUAUUUGCGUCUGCAUUAGUAUUGUUUCCCUACCUUUUACAAAGUAAACUGUUGCUUAGAAAAAGUGCUGUUAUGUUCUGUCAGGUAACAUUUUUCGUUUUUGGUGCAUGUUCAUGUUAUCAGCAUUAAGAAGAACUGCCAUCUUAAGGUUGGAAAGACAGUAAAUUUGUUCAGGAAUUAAAAUUGAAAAUUUUGUAUUUCAUUGUAUAUUCAUUAGUUGGUUAAAAAUUAGAAACAGCAAUAACCAGACUUUAAACCCCCAACUGCCAUAUAAAAGCCAGAAAAUGGUGCUGGGGCAGGUUUUUAUAUAAAUUAUGCAAGUUUCACAUCAGAGAGCCCUUUUUCAAAAUUUUAAAUAAACUACUGAAUAAGAAGUUAUGAAAAAUUGCAUAAAUACACAUUGAAACAUUCUUUAUCAAUUGGUGUUUUUAUUUUUUUUUAAAAAAAAUUGUGAAGUAUAGUUUCAAAAAAUUAUUUAAACCUAACUGCCAAAAAUUUGAAUUUGCCGGGAGGAGCUAAUGAGGUCAUGAACCCUAGAGAAACAGAGAAUGUAAACCAUUCCCACGUGGUUAAUUUUAUCAACAAACUUGAUCAGCAGAAGGCUUGAUGUAUCAAUGGAAUUAACACCUAGAGUGCAUUGUAAAACGUUUCCAGAAAAGUAAUUUUGAAUUUUUAAACUGAAUAGAAUAUCAUAUUCAAUCAUUUCUGCAGUUAUAUUUUUAUGUGUUAUUUAAAAAUGUUUUAAAGAUAUAUGGAACGAAAUACCAGACAUACAGUGAUAAAUUAUUUCAAAUAACUUAUCAUUUUUAUUAGACCUUAUCACAGCAACACUUGCUAAUUUGUGUGCAUUGUGCUACAUCUCAGACUUGAAUAGUUUAUUAUUUCUGCAUUUAUUGCUACAUUAUCUCAAAUAAUGGACCUGCCAGCAAUAACAGAAAAGUUAAUGUUUGAUUUCGAGUUUCACUGUUCAAUCUACAUUAAUAAGAAGUUUAAAAAUCAGGAAUGCUAGCCUACACUCAAUUUUUCAUAACAAUGAUAUUGAAAUGGAUGCACAAAAUAUGUAUAAUAAUAAUUUGUAAUCAUCAAAACAUGUAAGUUCAUAUUUCUUCUUCAACUGACCAUUGUUUACAUUUGCUUGUGAAUCAUUGAAAGUGAGCUAUUUUUAGCUGACAGACAGCCUAGAGUAGCCUUGUUAUUUGAUAGGCUCCUCCCACAAAACUUACUGCCAGGGUAGUAAAAGUUGGGGCUUUAAAAUUCAAAUUAAUCCUUACUGAUGUAUCAAAGCCAUCUAGCCAGCUUUGAAGACUGGGUUGCUCAAAGUUUUAUAAUUAUGUUGAUGUAGAGUGUGCUUUGACUUGAUGUGGAAAAACACUCCAUAUAAUGCAUGUUUUAAUGACUCGGGGAUCAAAUCUGUUUGUAAUUGCAAUAUUUAGCUUUAUAUUUUUGACUGUACAUGCAGGUAACAGACAUGGACUAUCUGCUGGACAGCUUAUCCAGUUGAUGAUGAUUUAAACAAGUCAGUCUAGAUGGCCUGUUGUAUGGAACUUGCUAGAAAAUUUUGUUAAGAAGAUAAUUGUUGGAUAAGUUUGUUUGUAAUCUGUGUCUUAAAUUAGGAAUUCUGUGAAGUAUGUUAUGUAGAAUAUCAACCAGUGAAUGAAGUUUUGAGCAAAUCAGUCCUGGAGUCCUCAAAAACUAGAUUAUCAAGGAAUAAUCCCAGUUUCCUUCAAUAAAUGAAGCAUACUAACAAACAAAAACAUCAAGAAAGAAAACAUACUUUUAGACUUUCUUGGCAUUACAUAUUUUCAUUAUGUCUAUCACAAAUAAGAGACCAUAGUUUACACAGGACAUCUAGGAGAUUCAUUUGAAGAUACAACAUAUUUGUCAAAAGGCCUAAAUAGUCUUGACAUGUUAAAACCAUUGUAAGGACUCAAAAUGUUGGUUGUAUUUCUAGGAAAUGUAGAGCUUUUGUCCAAGAUUGGGAAACUGUGGUUGUGAAAAAGUUGUUGAAACAUCUGUUUUUAUUUGUAGCAAAGAAUUAAAAUCACCAGUGCACUUGUAAACUUGUUUCAGAAAUUUAGCUUUAUUAUACCCAAGAUUGUAUUAAUAAAAUGUAGCAAUGAUAAUGAA